AUGGACGCUGAGUGGCUGUACAACCUGCUCAACGAGGAUAUGUUGCUAAGUAUGGACCUGAAUGAUCCUUUUGGGUCUAUACCUCCUGAGAUGGACCUCUCCCUCUUUAACUCAUACCAACCAGCAGACGACACGGCAUUGACUAUGGGAGAUCCACUAUUGGGUCUCGCUAUGGCAUGCGAUGAGUACCCACCUGAUGGAGCAUACCCUGACUUUCUAGCCGACGUAACGAGCCGAACAGAUAACAGUUCUUUCCCAAACACAGACUGUCCGACUACCUUUGAUGAGCUGAUUGUAUCUGAUGUGCUUGGUUCGUCACAAAAUAGCAUGGAUCAUGUAACAUUUUCAAGUCGCUCAUCGCUAUCACCUGGCUUCGAGAGCACUAUCAUUUCCCCUUGCAUCACACGAUCCCUCGCCCUAUGGCACUCGCCAGAGCUGAAUGACAUGCGGAACAAUAUAUCUUCUUCCAGUUCUGCCCAUCAAUAUUCACCUUUAUCUUCUGCAACACUUUCAACAUCCUCUCCAUCAAUCCCUAUAAACGAAUCAUCACUGGCGCAAAAGGGAAAGGCUACUAGGGGGAAGAAGUCACCGCUUCGAACUCUGAGUCGCGAUCUUCGCCACAUUUUGAGGCCCGAAGUGUGCCACUUGUGUUUCAAGGGACAUCCAUACACACGAGAGUUGGAAGAGCAUAUAAAGGUUCACCAUCCGGCGGAAGCUUCCAGGUUGGGAAUUGAUAUGACUCGUCCAGUAUGCGACGCCUGUGGAAAGACAUUUUCUCGCCCGUGCAACUUGAGAAGGCAUAUGGAUCAUAGUUGCAAGGGCUUGACGGGUAAAAGCGUAAACACAAGAGUAAAAUACAUAAAGAAGCUAAGCUAA